CUUCCGGUUCGGUGGCCUGACACGCGCGCACGGCGGUCGCGAGGGCUCGGGGGUCAUUUUGGUGCGGUGGCCCGGCACCUCAGCCCUCCGGGUUGCCAUGAGGUCGGUUAGUUAUGUGCAGCGCGUGGCGCUAGACUUCAGCGGGAGUCUCUUCCCGCACGCCAUCUGCCUCGGAGACGCGGAUAACGACGCGUUAAAUGAGCUAGUAGUGGGAGACACCAGCGGAAAACUGUCUGUGUAUAAGAAUGACGACGGCCGGCCGUGGCUCACCUGCUCGUGCCAGGGAAUGUUGACUUGCGUUGGGGUCGGAGAUGUCUGUAAUAAAGGGAAGAACCUGGUGGUGGCAGUCAGCGCAGAAGGUUGGCUGCACUUGUUUGACCUAACAUGCACCAAGGCUCUGGAUGCUUCCGGGCACCACGAGACACUGGGAGAGGAGCAGCGACCCGUCUUCAAGCAGCACAUCCCGGCCAACACAAAGGUCCUGCUGAUCAGCGACAUCGAUGGAGAUGGGUGUUACGAGCUGGUGGUAGGAUACACAGACCGUGUGGUGCGGGCUUUCCGCUGGGAAGAGCUGGCUGAGGGGCCUGAACACCUGGCAGGGCAGUUGGUAUCCCUCAAGAAAUGGACGCUGGAGGGUCAGGUGGACAGUCUGUCUGUGACCCCGGGGCCUCUGGGUGUGCCUGAGCUGGUUGUGUCGCAGCCAGGCUGUGCUUACGCAGUUCUGCUGUGCACCUGGGACAAGGACGCCGGCUCCCCUCCUGCCUCAGAGGAGGCCACGGGAGACAGUAGGGAGAGCCCAGCUGCCCGAGAUGUGGUGCUGCACCAGACGUCUGGCCGGAUCCACGACAAGAACGUCUCUACUCACCUAAUCGGCAACAUCAAACAAGGUCAUAACCCUGAAAGUGGUAACGCAGGCCUCUUUGCCCUGUGCACUCUAGAUGGGACGCUGAAGUUGAUGCAAGAAGCAGAUAAGUUGCUGUGGUCUGUGCAGGUGGAUCACCAGCUUUUUGCCCUAGAGAAGCUGGAUGUCACGGGCAAUGGACUCGAGGAGGUGGUCGCGUGUGCCUGGGAUGGGCAGACAUAUAUUAUCGAUCACAACCGCACUGUUGUGCGCUUCCAAGUGGAUGAAAAUAUCCGCGCCUUCUGUGCAGGCCAGUACGCCUGCAGAAACGGCCGCAACAGCCCCUGCUUGGUGUACGUCACUUUCAAUCAGAAGAUCUACGUGUACUGGGAGGUGCAGCUGGAGAGAAUGGAAUCCACUAACCUGCUGAAACUGCUGGAGGCGGAGCCGGAGUACCACAGCCUCCUGCAGGAGCUGGGCGUGGAUCCUGAAGAUCUCCCUGCAGUCUGUACCCUGCUUCACCAGACUCUCUACCACCCCAAUCGACCACUACUGCCGUGUACCCCCUCGAGCUGCCAGGACCCCACCUAGCUUAGGCUUGACCACUUAGCUGGUGAAGGAUCCUUCUGAGCCCCCAACCCUACUCCAGAGUGAUCCAUGAUCUUGGCAGGAUGGGGAGUGUCUAUUACAGAGGAGCAGGUGGCUCUCAGCGUGGGUGGAUGGCGGCCCCGUGAGCCUCUCUGCUUGCUGUCCCCAGUCCCUUCUCAUGCUCCUGCUCUCACUGCAUGAAACAGACUUGUUUGUGAGACAAGGCGAACUUCUUGCCACAGUCCAAAACCUAAAAGGCUUCAGGCCUGAGGCACUGAGGGAGCAUGGAGGUGACGCCCCCACACCCACUGCUGAGUGCUGACUUUCACGGGCGUAGCUCCAGGUGGCUGAUACAAGCAGUUAUUGCAGGAAUGACAGAGUGUUUGUUCUUUUAGUGUAUUUUCCUGUCUCAUCUUCCUGUGUUCUUCCAUUUACUGAAGCAACUAGGUCAGGGCUUUCUCAUUUUGCCAUGAUCAAUCUCUCUGUCUCUCUAUCUCUGUCUCUGUCUGUCUGUCUGUCUCUCUCUCUCUCUGGUUUGGUUUCUUGGUUUUGUUUUGUAUGCCUGUGUGGGUGCAGAGGUGGAACCCGGGGCUUUCGUACUCUAAAGUACCGUGCUGAUUGAGAGCUUCACACACCUGCUUCCCAAACGUCAACUGCCUGUAGGAAAACAGACACUCAUAGUUUCUCUUACACGAUGGUGCACCAAUGCACUUCCAGUUCUCGGGAGAAAGAUCAUGCAUCCAAAGCCAGCCAAGGCUCCAUAGCAAGUUUGAGACCAGCAAGGGUCACAUUUGGAGAUCUUAUCUCAAAUAAACAAAACAAGAAGGCAUUAAAA